AUGGCCGACAAUGACUGGGAAGGCGUCACCCGCAUCGGCAGCAAAGUCCGCAGUGGAGGUGGCGCCGCCGUCGACCGUGAGCGUGUCGUCAAAGGCAAGUCUGCCAUAAAUGCCGCCCAGCGAUCAGGCGCCAUUAUUGGCACAGAGAAGAAGUAUGGCGGUACCAAUACUAAAGCCAACAGCGAAGGCCAGCACCUCACAAAAGUCGACCGAUCAGACGAGAUCAUCAAGCCCAAGACCGUGGGGUCCCAGGUCGGCCAGGCCAUCAUCCAAGCCCGCAACUCCAAAGAGCCCAAGAUGACGCAGAAGGAUCUUGCUACCAAGUGCAACACGACCGUGACGGUGGUUCAGGAUAUGGAGAAGGGCUCUGCAACUCCAGACCAGAAGGUGUUGGGCGCCAUGGAGCGCGUGCUGGGCGUCAAGCUGCGUGGCAGCGACAUCGGGCAGCCGAAGUUCCCCAAGAAGAAGUAA